ACGACCAUUGCACCUCAACCUCCUGCUUUCCCCAUAUAACAUAGCAAUCAUGGUCAAGGCUGUCGCUAUCCUCCGCGGUGAUUCCCCCGUCACAGGUGUGAUCACAUUCACUCAGAGCGGUGAGGGUGAGCCGGUCGUCGUCAGUGGCGAGAUCUCCAACCUCGACCCAUCUGCUCACCGUGGCUUCCACAUCCAUGAGCUCGGGGACAACACCAACGGCUGCGUCUCCGCCGGCCCGCACUUCAACCCCUUCACGAAGAAGCACGGCGGGCCUACCGACUCUGAGCGCCACGUCGGUGACCUGGGGAACAUCACAUCCGACGACUCUGGCAAGGCCGUGAUCAACAUCACCGACAAGCAGCUGAGCCUUAUCGGCCCCCUGAGCAUCAUUGGCCGCACGGUUGUCGUCCAUGCCGGCACGGACGACCUUGGAAAGGGAGGCAAUGAUGAAAGCUUCAAGACGGGCAACGCGGGCGGGCGUGCGGCUUGCGGUGUUAUCGCAACUGGCUUAUCAAGCUACUAG